GCCCCAGUUCCUGUUUCGGCCCUUGGGCCUUCUAGACGGAUCGGUCUCCUAGUCCCGCUGGGGCUGCCGCCCUGCCCGGGAUGGGGUCCCGCCGGCGCUUGAGUCAUCCCUUCUUGGGGUCACGAGGCGCCUCAGCCCCUCCGUGACCGUCGGCGCUUGUGGUGCGGCGGCUCUCAGGAUGAAGGGCUGCGAGGGGGACGCGGGCGAGCAGGCCCCGCUGAACCCGGAGGUGGACAGCCCCGCCGGCUCGGCCACAUACCGGGAGUUCGUGCACCGCGGCUACCUGGACCUUAUGGGGGCCAGUCAGCACUCUCUGCGGGCGCUCAGCUGGCGCCGCCUCUACCUCAGCCGGGCUAAGCUCAAAGCAUCCAGCCGCACAUCUGCUCUGCUGUCGGGCUUCGCCAUGGUGAGGGGCGGGAAGCGGGUGGCAAUGGUGGAGGUACAGCUGGAAAAUGACCAUGACUACCCACCAGGCCUGCUAGUGGCAUUCAGUGCCUGCACCACCGUGUUAGUAGCUGUGCACCUGUUUGCACUCAUGGUCUCCACGUGUCUGCUGCCCCAUAUCGAAGCCGUGAGCAACAUUCAUAAUCUCAACUCUGUCCACCAGUCACCACACCAGCGACUCCACCGAUACGUGGAGCUGGCCUGGGGCUUCUCCACUGCCUUGGGCACCUUUCUCUUCCUGGCUGAAGUUGUUCUGGUGGGCUGGGUGAAGUUUGUGCCUAUUGGGGCACCUAUGGAUAAAGCAGCUCCUAUGUCCCCGGUGCCACCCGUGACCGUCUCCCUCAGUUUACCUUCCAACCUCACACCAUCCCCUGCUUCUGUGGCCGCGUCACAGCCGCCUUCCAGAGCCUGCCCACCCCGGCAAGUGUGUGGUGGUAGCCAUGGGCCCGGCUGGCAGGCAGCUAUGGCCUCCACGGCAAUCAUGGUACCUGUGGGACUUGUGUUUAUGGCCUUUGCCCUACAUUUCUACCGAUCAUUGGUGGCCCACAAGACCGACCGCCACAAGCAGGAGCUUGAGGAACUCAGUCGCCUGCAGGGGGAGCUGCAGGCUGUGUGAGCCUGGCUUUAGACUGUUGCAAGCAUUGCCUCAGAGACCCCAGGGAUCCACAAGACCUCAUUCCUUGCCCCAGGCUGAAGCUACCUGUAAGCUUUCAGGUUGAGGCCAAAUUCCUGCUCACAGUCCCACACUCUCAGGGAUGAUCCCUGGCAUCCUGCACAGUGGACUUUGUAAGCUCCACUCUCCUUGGCUGGAGGAACACAAGAAUAAGAAUGCUCUCAGUCUAAGGAUCCUGGGAUAGAUGAAAGGAGGCCCUAGUGGGAUCCUUGGAGGUGCUGAGCGGUUGCUUGCUCCUCUACAGAAAGGUGACAUACCUGCACAGCUGUACUCCAAGGCAGGUGGUCCGCCCAUGUGUGUACUGUCUUACAGUUGGCAUCCUGGGAGAGCUUUUGCCUGUCAUGGUUUUGAUGGGCUCCCCAUCCCUGGUUUGGCAGCUUUAGACAUCUGGACAUUUGUUCCUAGGAUGAGCUGCUUUCCACCUGGCGAC